CUGACAAAACGGGUUCUCCUGUUGUUUGUUGCCGCAGCCCUCAUCCACUGCGUUAGAGUAAGCCAAAGAAGACGGAUCGGAUUUUCAGUACCAACUAGAAAGUCCAGUUCGACCGAGGAGAUGUCACAGGAGCAUGACAAUAAGCGAGCCGUGCUGGUGCUCCAGAAUGAGACAGGCUAUGGGGGGCAGCGGCGGCCCUUCACAAAUGAAGACGAAGCAUGGAAGUCAUUUCUGGAGAACCCUCUCACAGCUGCCACUAAAGCCAUGAUGAGCAUCAACGGAGAUGAGGACAGUGCUGCUGCUCUGGGGCUGCUCUACGACUACUACAAGGUGCCCAGGGAGAAGAGGACAAUAGCUCAGGGCAAACCUGACGCACUGCUCUCUGAUGUGGAUCACAACAAAAGGCAGCAGAUUCAGACAGCACAUGCCAUAGGUCCACUUCAGGAGGCUGGGAUGGAGAACCGUAUCCAGGUCCUCAAAGGGCCCUUUAACCUUCUCCACCUAAACCCGGAAAAACGGAAUCAGUUCGCUUCUCCAGACACCACUGUGACUGUGUCCAUCGCUGCUGUGCCAAACUUUGCUCCCAUCAAAACAGAAGUGCCUACACACGGCUUCUCUGUCACUGUACCAAACAACUGUGCUGAAGAGGCUCAUGUGGGAGUGUUUGACCGACAGCUCGCCCACAACACGGUGCAGUUCAGCCCCAGCACCCAGGCCCGCACGCCCCCCGACUCCACCUUCUCAGAGAGCUUCAAGGACGCUUCCCAGGAGGUAUUUUCCUUCCCAGGGGAACUCCAGCUGCGAAUGGCUUCCAUGACGCCCGAAGACUAUGCUCAGUUUGACAGCGUGCAAGGAAAUAAUUUUGAGUACACAUUGGAAGCCUCCAAGUCUCUUCGGCAGAAAACAGGAGAUGGGACAAUGACGUACCUGAACAAGGGCCAGUUUUACCCCAUCACUCUGAGAGAGGUGGACAGCAAAGGACUGCAGCAACCCAUCACCAAAGUGCGGAGCGUAGUGAUGGUGGUGUUUGGAGAGGAGAAGUGCAGAGAAGACCAGCUUAAGCACUGGAAGUACUGGCACUCCAGACAGCACACAGCCAAACAGAGGUGUCUCGACAUUGCUGACUACAAGGAGAGUUUCAAUACCAUUGGAAACAUUGAGGAAAUUUCAUACAAUGCAAUUUCUUUUACCUGGGAUACCAAUGAAGAAGCCAAGAUCUUCAUCUCGGUCAACUGUCUGAGCACGGAUUUCUCCUCUCAGAAGGGCGUGAAGGGCUUACCUCUCAACCUCCAGAUCGACACCUACAGCUACAACAAUCGCAGCAACAAACCAAUCCAUCGCGCCUACUGCCAGAUCAAGGUGUUCUGUGACAAGGGAGCUGAGCGGAAGAUCCGUGAUGAGGAGCGAAAACAGUCCAGACGGAAAGGCAAGGUGUCCGAGAUGAACCCCAGCCUGGCCUUUGUGGACGUGAAAGUGCCCAUCAUCCAGAAACGCAAUGAUGUGACCAUCUUCAAAAUGAUGAGUGACCUGGAGACGCAGCCAGUGCUCUUCAUCCCUGACAUCCAUUUCAGUACUUACCAGCGCCAUCCAUUCACAUCAGAAGAAGGAGAAGACAGCUCGGGCAUAAAAAGAUUACCCUUCAGCGAGGAUGAGUUUGCUUCGCCUCCAAACAAAAUGGUUCGACUGGAUGAACCAAAGAAAGUGCUGCUGUACGUGCGUAAAGAGGCAGAGGAGGUGUUUGAUGCCGUCAUGCUGAAGAAUCCUACUCUCAAAGGCUUGAUGGAAGCGAUCUCCGAGAAGUAUGACCUGCCUUUGGACAAACUGGGGAAAGUGUACAAGAAAUGUAAGAAAGGAAUCUUGGUGCACAUGGACGACAACAUCAUCCGGCACUACUCUAACGAGGACACUUUCCAGAUGUCCAUAGAAGAGAGUGGAGGCCUGUACAAACUCACUCUUACUGAGAUAUGAGCGCCUGCAUUGGAAGUGACAUCAUCUUUAAUGCAGAGCAUGACAUCACAACCGUAAGGUUUGGACUGGAGUCUAAAGGAGGUUUACAUGUCCCAGAACUGUAUUUUGUGUCAAAAAUAGAAACCUGAAAAGGCAUAUAGCUCUUAAAACAGACACUGUGUUUUACAUGAUUUACCAGAUUCAUCUUAUUCUAUCUCACUCCUGUGUAAAUAUCACUUCAGAGGAUCUGAGGUUUUCCUUCUUGAAGCCAUAUCACUGACUCCACUGUAAACGCAGGCGCCAGGCCUCCAGGGGCCACUCAGUGUAUACAUACAGCAGUAUUUGGUGUUCAGCAGGACAUUUUGUAAAUAACUUUUUAACUAAUGGAGACAUAUUUUUAAUGAUCAAUUUAAAAGGACUGCAAGUAUUAAAUGAUGGCAUUUUGCUGCUGUCCCUGUACACAGUAUAAGAGAAAUAUUGAGGAGUGUCUGUUAUUUGUUUUUGUUUUUUUUAAGUGAGAUUUGGACAUGGCACAUUCAUAUAAUACUUACACUAAAAUUACACUUUAUAUUAAUAUAAAUGAAAAGGUAUUUCUUGUAUAUAAGAAGUGGCAUCACAGUACUUAAUGUGUAUUUAUUAUUAUACCAUGGAUGUGGGUUGCUAUUUUUUUCUUUGAUUUUUAACAGUAGUAUAUUUGUAUUAUUUCUUUGUGUGUUUUUAUAAGAACUUAUCCUUUCGUGUAAAGUGCACCUGUUUUAAACAUUAUAAAGGUUUUGAUGCACAAAGUGCUGAAUAAAAGUCUUGAGCUGUG